ACUCCCGCGAGAACGUCGUGAUGCAAUUCCGUCGCUCGAUCUCGUAAUCGCGAGAUCGCGUCGGGUCCUCUCUGCGCAAGACUCGCAGGAUAUCCACGAUCGAGCGGGUCGAACGAAUUCGCCGUCAUGUCCGUGAAUUCCCACGAGGAGGUGAUCUCUCAGCUCACAAAGGCGCAGAUAGAGCUGAAAGCUCGACUGGAGCAAGUGUCGAAAAUGAGAAUCGACUGCGUGAAGAUGCAGCUGGAGUUGCUGAAGCUCUACAACCCGCAGUGUCUGGAGAUCUUGAAAAUGUUGCGAGAAGUUUCGGCUCCUCCUCCGGAGCCCUGCAACCUCAAUGGUGUCGGAUCGCGCGGCAACGAGGAUAGCGAAGUCCGCGCGAAUGAAGACGUACCGAGGGAAUCUACGACGUAACGCGACUGUGACAUAGAUUGGCGACACGGACCAGCGGACGACUCAUCGGCACGACUCUUCGCAAUACAAUCUGGUAUUCGCAAGUAUCCCUCAAACUUAACGUAAUUGGAAAUAGAAAUGAGUAAAAGGAGAAGGAGAAGAUUGCGCGGAUUAAAACGACGAACGUGUAUCGAGACGAAGUCAUUGAGAGAACGCAAAUAUAUGUUACGUUGCGGUACAUCAUAUACUGUGCUUUCGGAUCGAUAACCGCCGCGUUAUCCGAAAGAAAAAAUAUUUACAGACCUGUCGACAAUACAUAAAGCAGGUUCUACUUGACGCUCGCAACGAUUGCGAGCAUUGUUCCGUCUUUGUUUAACAUCCUGGAGGAACAAGGAUAGAAUGAUGCGAGCGUUAAGUGGAACGCCACCCAUAGUCGAGUUUCCGUCGACGAACGAAUUAUUACUUUACGUGAAACGGCGUAACAGUCCGGAGAGGCUUUCUGAUCGUCGAUCGGCUUAAUGAAAUUUCGAUGGCGCCAGAUGAUCAACGAGCAAGGUCACAGUCAAAAACGACAAAGGGUCAUCGGUCGCCAGUGGCUGACAGAUGGUACACCGGGUCCGGGCGCGAAACGGCUCGGCCGAAUUUCGCGGAUCGUAUUUGUCCCACGAUCGAUCGAACGACAGCCGCGACGACGUCGAUGACGAUGCAGGAGCGGUACCGGAGCGACGGGGAGCACACAAUAUCGCGAUUACGACAUCCCGCGGCUGGUGACGGGGUCGAUUAUCGACGCGGCCCCGCGAUAAAAGCGCGAGCGCCGGUGAUUAAUCAAUUAACGGUGCAAUUCGGCAGGGCGCGCGACGUACCUGAUUUUUCAAUUUUUCAUCCGCGUGACGCCCCCUCGGUCCCUCGGACGAGUUGUGCCCAGCGAGCGUUUGCUUUACCCGUGAAAACGACGAACCACAGUCGACGACGACGAUUCCUGCGCGUGCACGGGACUCCGUCCUGUUCUCGUGCGAUCACCAAUGGCGGCGACUUUUAUAUAGGGCGAUAGAGGACGGAUCGAUAGAAUCGCGCAUGGAACUAUCCCGGCGGCAGCAACAAGUAAAAGCGACAACGGGGUGUGCCGCCGGAUGGAAAAGGAGGGAGAGAGAAAGAUAGCGGGGAGAACAGCGAAGGGCGAGAGAGAGAGAGAGAGAGAAAGAGAGGCCGGAAAAUUCUACAUACUCUCGCGUAACACCCCCAGUCGAAAUCGCACUGUGUAUUUCGAUGGGAAUAAUAAUAAAAAGAAAAAUAAGAGAAAUUCAGACGAAACUAUUCGAAAAUAUGUAUGACGCAAUUGCAAAAUUGAAUGACGUCCAUCGUUGAGCGCGCUUUAAGCCGGAAAUAAUUACAUGAGGUUAUUUAGAUCCAAAUUAAAAGUAGCUAUUAUUAGCAAAAUAUAGUAUACUAUUGAUUGCUC